GGCAGAUUGUAUAUUACGUCAUAUUUACGCGACGCUGUUUGAAAGAGCAGCACUAGUAACGCGAAGGCUUUGUAUGGGAAUUGACUAGGGAUUUUAUAAGUUACAUUAUUAGUUUAAUAAACUCCAGGAACAUGGGUCCAGUUGAGCUCCUUCACAUGUCCGUGUUCUCUCAGAGUUUCUCUCCCUGCGGUCGUUUUCUUGCAGCGGGUAACAACUAUGGAGAGAUAGCAGUGUUCAGUCUUUCAGCUGCACUGAGUCCAGAUGCAUCAGAGGGCAGCCAGAAGCCCAUCCUUAACUUUACUGCUCAUGAUGGUCCAGUGUUUUCUCUUCUCUCCACUGACACUCAUCUCCUGAGUGCUGGGAAUGGAGAGAUCAGUGCCUGGAGCUGGGCAGAGCUCAUCAAAAAAAGCAACAAAGCUGCAUGGACAAGGAAACCCAGUUAUGAGACUAGUCUUGAAAUACCAGAGAUCAAUGCAAUGAUCAUAAACCCAAAGGACAACAGCUUGAUAGUUGGAGGAGGUGACAAUAACAUUCACAUCAUGGACAUGGAGACCGGUAUCUUUAAGUCUGUACUGAAGGGCCACACUGACUACAUUCACUGCCUGUGCUUUAAAGAAAGGGAAGAUGAGAUCCUCUCUGGUGGGGAGGAUGGUGCUGUGAGGAUAUGGGACUCACGGACAAAUCGCCCAGUUCACUGUAUUGAAGUUUUCAAAUAUGAGGAAUGCGCACGCCCCCAGUUUGGGAAAUGGAUUAGCUGUCUUGCCACAGACUCUGAUUGGAUGCUCUGUGGUGGAGGCCCAUCGCUCUCUUUAUGGCACCUCCGCUCCAUGUCCCCCACCUCUGUCUUUCCUUUGCCUGGCUGCCAAAGGGAAGCUGUCUUUUACCAGGACCUGAUCAUGUCAGUAGGUGAGGGUCCAUUUGUGUCCCACUGUUUACAUGGAGGGACUGUGAAAGCUCAGAUUCCCUGCACUCAGUCUUCACUCAACACAUUGGCUCUCAAUCUCAAAAACACUGAACAUAGGGUUAUGACAGUAGGGGGCAGCAGUCACCAAAUUGAUGUGUUCACUAACUUCAGUUACAGAGCCUUUUCUCUGUCAUUCUGAGCACACACCAACAUUUGUUUGAAUUUGAAAUGAAAUCUGUGGGAAAGUUUUGAAUUAUGAUUUGCUAGAAUGCAAUUAAACAAUGUAUUUU